AUGGAGGCGGCGGGCGGCCGGGCGCUGCGGUACCUGCUGGCCGCCGUGGGGCUGCUCUCGGCGCUCAGCGCCGCCGGGACGCUCUUCCUCCUGGCGCAGUGGCGGGAGCUGGGCGCGGCGCUGCGGGAGCUGGAGGCGGCGCGGCCCGCCGCGGGCAACGGCUCCCUGCGGGACCUGCUGGGCGCCGCCGGCCCCGGCCCGGCGCCCCCCGCGGCCGCCCGCAGCAAGCGGAGCCGCCGCGGGGAGCGCGCCCGCGGACACGUGCGCGCCGAGAACGACGAGAUGCUCAUGCUGAUGACCUACUCCAUGGUGCCGGUCCGAGUGAUGGUGGAUUUAUGUAACAGCACAAAAGGCGUAUGCUUAACAGGCCCCCCAGGUCCCCCAGGGCCUCCUGGACUUGAUGGACUGCCUGGCUACAAUGGAUCAGAUGGAGUCCCAGGUAUACCAGGACAAAAGGGAGAACCAGGAAUAAAUGGAAAAAGAGGAAAAAUUGGUCUACCAGGACCAAAAGGUGAUCAAGGACAGAAAGGAGAACCUGGAGAAAUGGGUUUACCUGGCAAGGAUGGUAUGCCAGGAGGAAAAGGUGCAAGAGGAGCAAAGGGUGAAAAGGGGGAUGCAAACAAUGGUGUGAUAUUAGAAGGUGCAAAAGGUGAACCUGGACCUCCAGGGCCCCCUGGACCACCUGGACCCCCAGGCCCUCCAGGAAAACGUAAAGGCAAAGGUAAAGCACAGCUUCAGGAGAACAUAAACAGCAGCAAAUGCACAGGUGAGACAUGUGCUGUACCAAAUGAUGAUACCCUGGCUGGAAAAGCUGAAGACAGAACCCCUGGUUCUUCAAAAAAAGCUGAAUGUGUCAUAACAUCUGUAGGAAGUCCUGUUCACUUUGUCAGUGUACAGCAAACAUUUGGAACUUGGAUGCGGGAACCUGCAAAUAUAAGCGAUGAAAGGAUUUGGCUUACCAUGCAUUUUUCAGGAAACUCAAUAAAAGAAUAUGAGAAUUCCAAUGCCUUGCUGAAUGACAGCUACAGGAUCAUUAACAUCACAGGAUUCUUUUAUGGAUGUGGUCAUGCAGUACAAAACAAUCAUCUAUAUUAUCAAAAGGGAGGAACCAAUGUCAUUCUGAAACUUGGGCUUGAUAAAGCAUCGCUGGGCACGCUGCUAAUUGAAAAUGCCUUAUAUCAUGGUCGUAACUACCUCUUUUCUAACUCGAAGACGUAUUUCAACGUAGCAGUGGAUGAGAAAGGUCUUUGGAUUAUAUAUGCCUCAAGUACUGAUGAAAAUAUAAUAGUAGCACAUAUUGAUGAAGAAACAUUUUCAGUGAUUCGGCAUAUCAAUACUACAUAUCCUAAGUCCAAGGCUGGGAACGCAUUCAUAGCAUGUGGCAUUAUGUAUGUUACUGAUACUAAGGAUGUGACAGUAAGUUUUGCUUUUGAUUUGCUGAAAGAGAAGCAGAUUGAUGCAAGGUUUGAGUUACGGUCUUCACAGUCUGUUCUUGCUAUGCUUUCAUACAGUCUAAGAGAUAAGAAUUUGUAUACAUGGGAAAAUGGGAGCUUAAUGGUAUACCCUGUACAUUUUGGCAGAUGA